AUGCGAAAAGCAUAUGCCUGGGCCAAGGCUAUACAAGCGAAUCCCAAAGAGGUCACUGUCCUGGUGCCUCCAAAAUCACCACUGUUCCAAUUCAAAAAUAAAACCGACAAGUCUGAGCAAGCGAACCCUCCGAAUUACCCAAACAACAGUCAGCCACAGCAAGCGAACCCUCCAAAUUACCCAAACAACAGUCAGCCACAGCCAUUUUAUCCAAAUCAAAACCAGGCCAUGAACCCGUAUGGCAUGAUGCAGAUGCCCUAUCAACUUCCGGCAAUGCCCUAUGGGAAUUACUCAGCGGCUUUUGGUAACCCUAAUCAAGCGGAUCCGUCUAGUUUUUAUCCUCAGGCUAGUACUUCUGCUGUACAAAUACCUCCAUCCGAAUCAAAUGUCAUCCCUCCGUCUCCUCCCCCAUUUGAAGAUACCACCGAUCUCAGCGAUUACCUCAAGUUUGCCAGGGUCAAUGCAGACUCUGAAGAAAUCAACAACGGUCUUAGCAAACUCGGUAUCACUCAUUGGAGUAUGUUUGAGGUUGUUUCAGCUGAUGAGCUCGUUUCUUCAGGUGUUCCACUCAUUCCAGCUAGAUGCCUCAUUAGAUCGGUAAAAACCUACCCAACCCACUUGAAGAAUCUCAAGAAGGCACGAUUUCUUCCUGAUAUCGAGUAA